AGGACCACUUCGUUUUCCUUGUUUGUAGCCAGUGGAGAGGUGAAUGUGCGUGGACUGGUUAUGAGAGUCAGUUCUAUCUUCUAGUAGUCCUACUUAUCUUUCUCUCUCUUAAAUUCCAAGAAGAAUAAAUGCAGAAAUGAGCGAUAAAUGAAUUCAUGGCAUCUUCAGGUCCAACUACUGAUAAAAAUUCCUUCUUUCUUUUAUGUCUCUAUGUCUUCCUUGGCUUGUUUAUUACAUGCAUUAAAGCAUCAGAGAGAUAUUCUAAGUCGUCCCAGGAAUCAGAUAGAGUAAUAAAUCUACCAGGACAACCCUCAAGUCCUUCAGUCUCACACUUCUCUGGCUACAUCACAGUCAAUCAGAACCAUGGCAGGGCCCUUUUUUACUGGUUCUUUGAGGCUCAAUCUCAACCUUCCAACAAGCCCCUGCUUCUUUGGCUUAAUGGAGGGCCUGGUUGUUCAUCAAUUGGGUAUGGUGCAGCAGUAGAGUUGGGUCCUCUCAGAGUCACUCAAAAUAGAGUUGGCCUUGAUUUCAAUAUCCAUGCUUGGAAUAAAGAAGCUAAUUUGCUAUUUCUGGAGUCCCCAAUUGGAGUGGGGUUCUCUUACACUAACACAUCCUCUGAUCUCACCAAAUUGGAUGACAGAUUUGUGGCUGAAGAUGCCUAUAAUUUCUUAGUGAAUUGGCUGCAAAAAUUCCCACAAUUCAAAUCUCAUGAUUUCUACAUAUCAGGAGAGAGUUAUGCAGGCCAUUAUGUGCCUCAGUUGGCAGAGCUCGUGUAUGACCGGAACAAGGAGAGAGCAAAAUACCCCUAUAUCAAUCUCAAAGGUUUCAUAGUAGGUAAUCCUGAAACCAAUGAUUACUAUGAUUAUAAAGGAAUACUAGAGUAUGCAUGGAGCCACUCGGUAAUAUCAGAUCAGGAAUAUGAUAAAGCCAAAGAAGUAUGUGAUUUCAAGCUCUCCGACUGGUCUAACGAAUGUAACAAUGCCAUGAACGUAGUCUUUGAUAAAUAUGAGGAGAUUGACAUCUACAAUAUAUAUGCCUCGAAGUGUCUUCUGAAAGACUCGUCUUCAUUAGCUGAUGGUACAGACGGUGGCAGCCAUAUCUCUUCCACAAAGGCCCAGAAUUAUGGGAUCCGGAGGAUGAAAAUAAUCCCCGGAGGUUAUGAUCCAUGUUACUCACCACACACAGAGGAGUACUUCAAUAGGAUGGAUGUUCAAACAGCUCUCCAUGCAAACAUUAGAGGUGUCGAUGCAUAUGUCAAGUGGAACGUCUGCAAUGAUUCUGUCUUCAGGACAUAUAACUAUACUGUCUUCUCUAUCCUACCCAUCUACAAAAAACUCAUCAAAGGGGGCCUCAAAAUUUGGAUGUACAGGUACUACUCAAUUACGUUAAUCUUAUUUUGUAUUUUACUAUUAUGUGUGAUCUACUACUACUUGCAUGGCUAAUACCUUUCCCAUCUAUAAAAGUUAAUAAUCCUGUAUCGUGUAGUUUUAAGAUGACCAGAAAUAGUUACGAGCCAUGACCAACAUGGCAUUGGGACCAUGUCUUGUAUACAUUACAUGAGUUCAGAACAUUUUUCUCUCCUAAAAAAGAAUGUGUCCAAAGGAAGCACCAAUAGUCUUGUUCUAACUAUGUGAGAUGGGCUUGUAGCUUACUAUGGGAAUAAAAAAAUUUCAAUUUGAUACAAAUCCUAAACAGGAAUUAUAUUCAACUUGGGGCGUGUGAAGCUUUGAGUGUCUCUGCUAUUGUGCCCUUGCGGUAUGAAAAACUACACUAUUUGUCAUGACAUACCAUAGGAAAAGAUAUAAGGAAAAAUUAACUUCUGACAGAAUACUUCUCAUGUCUACCAUAUUUCAGCUUUAACUUUACACCCCAAAAUGCUUGUGGUGGUCUGCCUUCGUUGUUUAAUUCAAAAUAAGCAAUGAUCUCAUAUUUGCUUUCGGGUGUUUGUAACAGUGGGGAUGCCGAUGGCAGAGUUCCAGUAAUAGGAUCAAGAUAUUGCAUUGAAGCUCUUAAACUGCCUCUCAAAUCCCCAUGGCAUUCAUGGUACCACAAUCAUCAGGUUUGUGCUGCUGUCCCUAGAUGAAAUGGAAGUUCUUAAACUAUCUAGCAUUCUGAUUUGAAGUAAUAGAGGAGCACUCUUACUAAGUCAAAUGAUUCAAAGGACUCUUAUCACCACCUUCAGGGGGAAUUUACCAGUCAUGUUAGAAAAUCUUCUAAACAACCCAAAUGUUCCAAGAAAGCAAGAUACCUCUAGGCUCUAGCAAUACUAAUGCCUUUGACUACUGAGCCACACUUAAAUACUUCGGUGAUAUUUGAACAGUAUGGUCAAAUUUGUAGCCUCUAGUACAUGGGAAUUAGUGAAGUGGUUGCCUUUGCAAAAUGUCAGCCAAUAUUUGCAAAAUGCUUUGUCCUGUACCUGGUUCAGUUUCAAGUUCAUGGUGCAAAGCUUGUGUUGUUUGAGCCAGGCCCUGUUUGUGUCGAGGAUGUUCUCAGUCUGUAAUGAGCAGACAGUGGAACUGUUUGAUCAAUGACAGGUUUAUAACUACUUGGUGCUUCAGGUUAUGAUAUAGUGUUGAUUGAAAGUGCAGGUGGGAGGGAGAAUGGUAGAGUAUGAAGGGUUAACGUUUGUGACGGUGAGAGGUGCAGGUCAUUUGGUACCUCUCAACAAGCCCAGUGAGGCCCUCUCCCUCAUCCACUCUUUCUUGUCUGGCGAACAUCUUCCAAUACACAGAUAAAAGUGCUUCCUCUUUAUAUUUCCACUGAAUUGCAUAGUGACAAUGUAGUGACCAAAUUGGAUGAGUUUAUUCCAAGAAUCUUCUCAAUUGUAUUAUUUUGUUCAACUCAAAUAGUCAAGAACAAGUUGGGGCAACAAAUUCUGGUACCAUUGUUUGUUUUUUCUUCUUCCAUUGCUCCUUUUGGUUUGUUAGCAAGCAACCUUGGCCUCUUAUGGAAGUUUC